AUGAAUAACAAUAAUAAUAACAAUUAUUAUAAUAAUAAUAGUAUGAACUAAGGAAAUAGCAAAAUUUAAGUCGUUUUAAGAAAACGGCCUCUUUUAUAAAAAGAAAUAGAAAAAGGUAAUGGAGCAGAAGUAGUAGAAGUAGUAAAUAGAUAAUAAAUUAAUUUGCUUGAUCCUGACGAAAUAAAUCAUAGAUAUAAUCUUCACUAUAAUGUCAACAAGAAUAGGUUUAAAGAGACACACUUUACAUUUGACAGUGUGUUUGAUGAAAAUUCAAACAAUUUCCAAAUUUACUAAGAAGUAGGAGAGCAGUAUUUAAAUGAUAUAUUAGAAGGGUUUAAUACAACCAUUUUUGCAUAUGGUGCUACUGGAGCAGGAAAAACAUACACAAUGGUAGGAUCAAAAGAUAUGCCUGGUUUGAUGAAUAUCAUGCUUGAUGGAUUGUUUUAAAAAGUAAAAUAAAAAGAGGUAACCCAUGAUGUUACUGUAAGGAUAGCAUAUAUGGAAAUUUAUAAUGAAAAUCUUAAAGAUUUAAUUUCAUCAGACUAAAAGAAUCUUGAUUUGAGAGAAGACCCAAAGUCAGACGUCACCUUAAUACAUGGCUUAACGGAGGUAGAGGUUACUGAUCCCUAAUCUAUUGCUAAUAUUCUGAAAAUAGGAGCUAAGAAUAGAUCAAAAGAUUCUACAAUAUCUAAUGAAGCAUCAAGUAGAUCUCAUGCAAUAUUAUAAAUCUCUAUAGAAUCAGCAGACAGGGCAGAGGGUCUAGAAAAAGAAAUCAUAGUCUCGAAAUUAUCUUUAGUUGAUUUAGCAGGAUCAGAAAGAGCUUGGUCUAAUAAAAGCAAAGUUUCAAAGCUCGAAGGAGCAAAAAUAAAUCAAUCUUUAUUAACUUUAGGCAACUGCAUUUAGGCUCUUAGUGAGUAAAGUGAAAAAGGUCCUUCAAAAAAUAAUUUUAUUCCUUACCGUGGGUCAAAGUUAACAAGACUAUUAAAAGAUUCAUUAGGUGGAAAUUGCAGAACUGUGAUGAUUGCUAAUAUUUCUGGUAGCAUUUUAAGUUUCGAAGAUACAUAUAAUACGCUUUAGUAUGCAAGUAGAGCUAAAAAUAUUUAAGUACAUGUUCAUAAAAAUGUUAUACAGUCAAGCAAUCAUGUUUCAAACUAUGCAGCUAUUAUCGAAAAGCUUAAUAGAGAAAAUGAAAACUUAAGAAACAUUCUUAAUAGUGAAAAUGGAAGAUUUCCUCCAAUUAAUGGAAACUCUCCAAUGCACAUGAAUAACCAAUUAGAUCCAUAGUUAUCUCAGUAAUUAGAAUAGUUAGAAUAGCUUGUAAAAGUCCACUUUGAUGAAGAGUAAGGAUGCUUUAGGACUAUAUAAGAAAGCUAAAUGAAGUAAGAAAAGAUAUAUAAAAUGAAUCUUAAACUUUAGUAAGAACUUCAGAAAGGUUCUGCUAACAAUCAGUAAGCAUAGCAUUUUAGGGAACAGCUUUAAAUUAAUAAUUAAGGCAUGUAAAAUAUAUAACAGACUAUUUAGGAAAUGAAUUAAAGAUUUCGAUCACUCUAAGAAGGAAGAAAGAUGAUUAUACAAAAAGUUAAGGGAGCGCAACUACCUCCAAAAAUGAUAACAUAUUUACAAAAUCUGGUGGCUGUUAACGAAGCUGCUAUUAGUAAUCUAGAAAAAGAGCUUACUUAUAAGCAAAAUGAAGAUAAAAUUAGAGAAAAAGAAAUCGAGAUAGCAGAGCUGUCGGACCAACUUCAGUUGAGAGAUCGAAUCCUCAUCCAAUAAAAGAAUGUUUUAGAGUAAAAUGAAAUAGCUCCACAUUAUUCCAAGUUUGCAAAUAUAAAAGAUACAAACAUAAUCAUUUCAUCUAUAUCUCCAGCUUAUACCUAAAAUCAUUCAAUUAAUAUUAAUCACAAUGGAGGUGGCUACGGCAAUAAUUAUAAUAAUCUAAACAUAUCUAUGCAUUCUAUAGACUAAGAUAGCAUACCUUCUAUGACAAAAAUUAAUAAUAACAAUAGGUAUUCUAAUCCAAGAUAAUCAGCUGAUAGAGUUGGUAGACCAGUUGCAAAGAACAUUUUAAGUAUUUAAGAUAUAUAAAAUUUGGUCAAACCAAAAAGUAAAGGGAAAAAGAGAUUCAUACCUUCUGCAAGAGUUUAAUCCUAAGUUAAUUUAUCAGCUAAAAAUCCUACUAAUUUUACUAAUAGUCCAUCUGGUAGCAACUCAAGUCAUAAAAGGCCACUUUACCCUUACUUAAAUGCAAAAAAAUAAAGAGUUUAGAAAAUGUAAGGUGACCCUCUUCAUUCUCAUACUCCUUAAUACUAAAAGUAAAAGAAAAAUAUGUAAUCUUCUAUGAUGGAAGAGUAAUCUACAGCAAAUAUUUCUUAUUCUGAUACAAAUUUAUCUCCUAAUUCUAAGAAUCCAUAUUCAAGUUAUAAUUAUCAAAAUUAUCUUGUAAAUAAAUACACAAAUCAUAUUUACAGUAUACAAAAUUUAGAAUCGCUUGAUAACUCUUAGCGAAAAAGCUCAAAUAAUACUCCUAGCAUUAAAAAUAAGGGAGGAAUUAAUAAAGUACAAUCGUAAAGAAAUAUGCCAACCUUCUAGCAGCGCAAGAACAUUGUUGAGUAUGAUGUUCACUAAAGCCCCUAUGUUAAAUCUUUUAAAAAUGCAGAAGAAGCGGCAGCUUCUAGAAAAAAUAAGUUAAUGCAAUUAAAUCUCAAUUUAGACCACUUGAAAGAACUAUAUACAAAGAGAUAAAAUAAUUAAUGA